GUGGCACCAACCUUCCGAUUCUUCCCUCACAGCGAGCACCAAAGCUCUACAUGGUUCCUCAGGGAAUCAGACCGGUUGUUCAGCUCACUGCAGUUGAGAUUCUGGCUUGGGGGUUGCGAAACAUGAAAAACUACCAACUGGCCCCUGUUAUGUCUCCGAGUCUCAUUGUGGAAUGCGGGGGUGAAAUGGUGGAAUCUGUGGUGAUCAAAAACCUCAAAAAGACACCAAAUUUUCCAUCUUCUGUUCUCUUCAUGAAAGUUCUAUUGCCAAAAGAGGAGUUAUACAGCCCCUCUCUCGUGAUUAAAGUCAUUGACCACAGGCCGUUUGGGCGGAAGCCCAUCGUGGGACAGUGCACCAUCGAUCUCCUGGAGAGCUUUCGCUGUGACCCCUACACCACCACAGAAGACAUCGCCCCCCAGAUGAAAGUGAGCCUGCUCUCGGCUGCGCCGCGCCAGGAGACGGUGAUCGAGAUGGAGGACACGCAGCCCCUGCUCGCAGCUCAGUGUUUGAGCAGUCUGUCAGCAGCAGUCAGCAGAAUGGCCUCUCCCACCGCGGUGCACGUAGGUACCUGGGGCGGGGGCCGCGGGGCUGCGCCGCGCUCGGCACUCGCUGCGGAGAGGGAUUUUGGAGGAGAUGGUGCUCGUGUAGGAUUAGGGUAUCCGUCUGCUGAAACUCUUACGAGAUGGGUACCGUAUGUAUGAAAUACUCAAAAACGUUUUUGUAUGUCAGUUUAUCUGGACUCUAUGUACUAAAGCACAAAAAUCAGCAGGAAUUAUUUAACCACACCAUAAUAUUUAAACUUUAUUUAAAAGUCCACUUCCUGGAGAAUAAAAUAAAUCCACAGUAAAUAUAAUUCUAACUUUUAUAGGGAUCCACUAUGUCUCUUGAUUUUCUUUCCAUAAUUUCUAGAUGUUCAAAAAGCUAAUAGUUCAGUGUUAGUGUCUUGCAAACGUGUAACAGUGUAGGGUGAAGUCACCGGGCACGCUACAAACCAGCAGUAACCGUUACAUGUGAAUAUUUCACUCCAAAAUCUCAAAUUUCUCCUGUGGUGUUUUACUCUGGGUUUUGGGAUUCUGCGAGCACAUCCUGCUUACCAGUGGUAGUAGCGAUAAUAGUUCAGAUAUUGAAGAUGUAUCAUUUGCUUGGGAAAUUUUUAAAGAACGUCUUAAGGUUUUGAUUAUUUUUUUUUCUUAAUCUCUUCUACCUUAAGCUACAAAGUGCAUUAU